AUGGUGAAAAUUGAUUCAAGGAUAGAGGUUGUUGAUUUAGUGGCAGAGCUAUUAAAGCUGGUAAAAGGCAAAGAGGCACCUUCAGACCCCAUCACUAACUACGCGAACUACGUUCACUCUAAAACGCAGUUCGCAGAUUUUUCUCUCAACGUUUUAUUCGUGAGUCAGAUUUGUAGUGGGGGCGCUUACACUUUUUCUUUCAACAAGUUUAGGUGCUUCUUGCAGGACCAGUCCACAGAACAAAUUGAGUAUUCACUACCAACUCCUGCAGUUGACAAUGAUGACAACCACAUAGAGUUGCUUCACUCUUUGCCCACUGUAUCUUCACCUUCAUAUGAUGUGAGUCCUGAAAUUACACCUCCUGUUCUGCAGACUGAUGAUGCUACAAGCUCCCCGCAGCCUCCUCGAAGAUCAUCUAGAGUGAGCCAUAAGCCCCUCCGGCUCAACGGCUUUGUGUGCCAACACAAUUCAUCAAUCCUGCAUGCUAAUUUUGCCACAUACUCCUCUUUUGUGACGUCCAUUUCUGCGAUAAAGGAACCUCGCUCUUUUACAGAAGUUGUCCAAUCUCCUGAAUGGAGGGCAACCAUGGAUGCAGAAAUUGAGGUAUUGGAGAUGAACCACACUUGGAAACUAUCACCGUUACCAGCUGGGAAGCGAGCUAUAGGGUGUAAGUGGGUGUUCAAGGUCAAGUUAUGGGCUGAUGGUAGUGUGGAACAGUACAAGUCGCCCCUUGUCGCCAAAGGUUAUAAUCAGGUUGAGGGAAUCGACUACACGGAGAGCUUCACCCCUAUAGCGAAGGCAGUGACUGACAUCUACAUGGUUCCUCCAGCUGCUUACAAGGUUGCAUCAGGUCUUACAUUGGAGAGGCACGCUAUCUUGGGCUUAGAGAUAGCACGAAAUGCUGAUGGGAUCUACUUAGCUCAAAUGAAGUAUGUGAUGGACAUCGUUGCAGACACUGGUCUGUUGCAGGCUAAGGCAGUGUCUACGCCUUUUCCUUCGGGGCUUAAAUUGAGCUUGAGAUCUGGUGUUUUGCUUUCAACUCCUGAUUCAUACAAAUGUUUGGCUACACUUCAUGUAGUGAAGUAUCUCAGAGGCUGUUGUCCUACUUUGGGCUUGUUUUUGCCUGCAACUUCCUUAAACCUUCAAUGCUAUUGUGAUGCUGACUGGGCAUCAUGUUCUGAUUCCAGGCAUUCGUUGACUGGGUUUUGUGUCUUCCUUGCUGAUUUUGGUGUGAAUAUUUCAUUGUCAAUUUCUCUCUACUAUGAUAAUAAGGUGGUCGUGCACAUUCUUGCCAACCCCAUCUUUCACGAGCGUACAAAACAUAUUGAAAUCGACUGCCAUCUCGUUCGAGAUGUAUACAAAGAUGGCUUUGUUGCCCCUGUUUUGGUUAGGAGCUUUGCCCAGAUUGCUGACAUCUUCACCAAAGCCCUUACUUUGCAGUUGUUCAGGUCCUUUAUCUCCAAGUUGGGCUGUGUGUCCUUCGCCCCUAGUCCCACUUGUGGAGAGGCUGUUGGAUUCUCCUCUGCAGCUAUUGGUCCAUGCUCUGAUGCAGCCAUACUUCUUCCUGCUGCUGGUACUAAAGCUGAUCUCUUAGAUCAGGGAUAG